GCUCUGCGUUCUGGAGAUUGAGAGAAGAUGAUGAGACUGAGCAGGCGGCACGGACCGAAUGCAUAAUUGGCCUAUCUUAGUCAUAGAUUCCCACUUGCCUUGUGUAGUUUCUUGCCAAAUUUCCCAGUUUAAUGUCGAAGUGUAGCCGGGGCGGUGAAGAAAGUGAGGGGCUGUGACGGCGCACGAGGCAGAGGAGGGGGCGACGCAGUAACUGAGAGGAGUUGGGCAUCAAAUUGCACCGGAUGUCAUUAUACGCUUUAAAAUAUCGAGGACUAUAAUCAAGACCAAAGACAGAGCCAUGGAGGCUGUAACACAUUUUGUGAAUGACACUGUAGAGUUUUACAAAUGGAGCCUUACUAUAGCAGACAAAAGAGUGGAGAAGUGGCCAUUGAUGUCUUCUCCCGUUCCCACUCUGGCCAUCAGCUGCCUGUACUUGAUCUUCCUGUGGGCGGGGCCUAGAUACAUGCAGGACCGCCAGCCCUACACACUCAGGAAGACACUCAUAGUCUACAACUUCAGCAUGGUGGUCCUCAAUUUCUACAUCGCCAAAGAGCUCCUACUAGGAUCUAGAGCAGCCGGUUACAGCUACCUCUGUCAACCUGUCAACUACUCCAACGAUGUCAAUGAAGUCAGGAUAGCCUGGGCUCUUUGGUGGUACUAUAUCUCCAAAGGGGUGGAAUUCUUGGAUACAGUCUUUUUCAUACUGAGGAAGAAGUUCAACCAAGUCAGCUUCCUCCACGUCUACCAUCACUGCACCAUGUUCAUCCUCUGGUGGAUCGGGAUCAAGUGGGUCCCUGGUGGACAGUCUUUCUUUGGUGCAACCAUCAACUCUUCUAUCCAUGUCCUCAUGUAUGGCUAUUAUGGUCUGGCAGCCCUGGGACCUCAGAUGCAGAAGUACCUCUGGUGGAAGAAAUACCUCACCAUUAUUCAAAUGAUCCAGUUCCAUGUAACCAUCGGCCAUGCUGGCCACUCUCUCUACACCGGCUGCCCGUUCCCCUGCUGGAUGCAGUGGGCCCUGAUCGGCUACGCCGUCACCUUCAUCAUCCUCUUCGCCAACUUCUACUACCACGCCUACCGACGCAAACCUCACUCUUCACACAAAGGAGGCAAGCCUGUCGCGAACGGCACGUCUGUGGUAACUAACGGUCACAGCAAGGUGGAGGAGGUGGAGGAUAACGGAAAAAGGCAAAGAAAAGGAAGAGCCAAGAGGGAGUAAAGAGGAAGGCGGGGCUCACUCUGCGAUGAACAGAAAGAGGCCAGAGGAGGCGGGAGGGGAGGGAAAGGGCAAACAGCGCUCACACCAGACAGCCAUGCCCACAGAUAAUAUACACUGGUGUGAUUUGGGACCAAUUGGAGAAGGUGAAUGGGUAGCGGUCUGUAUUUGUUGUGUCUGUACUUGGUUCUGGCUUUACGAGAAGGGUGUUGGUUGUUUUCAUAGCUUUU